UCUGCCGUGUUACUACUACUGCCAUGGCUGCUAAUUUAAAGUUUUUGAUCGUAGUUGCUGCUGCUGCUGCAACAGUUUCAGUUUCUGAUGCUCAGCUCUCGUCAACCUACUACGACGGCACGUGCCCUACCGUUUUUGACAUGGUGAAGUCUGUCGUGCGCUCGGCCAUCAACCGAGAGAAGCGAGUCGGGGCUUCCAUCGUUCGCCUCUUCUUCCACGAUUGCUUUGUUAACGGUUGUGAUGGAGGGCUACUAUUGGAUGACAACCUCCCAGCCUUCGAGAGUGAGAAGAACGCCCUUCCCAACAAAAACUCGGCAAGGGGAUUUGAGGUGAUAGACAAGAUUAAGGCAGCCACUGAAAAUGUGUGCAAAGGGGUGGUCUCAUGUGCAGACAUCUUGGCCAUUGCUACACGUGACUCUGUUGUAGAGCUUGGAGGCCCCUCUUGGCAAGUCCUGGUGGGAAGAAGGGAUGCAAGGACUGCAAACAAGCAAGCAGCGGACACUGACCUUCCCCCCUUCUCUGCGAACCUCACCCUCCUCAUCAACAUGUUCCAGCAAAAGAACUUCACAGCAAGAGAGUUGGUGGCUCUAUCUGGUGCUCACUCUAUCGGCAUGGCUCGAUGCACCACCUUCCGUGACCACCUAUACAACAACACCAACCUCGAUCCGAUAGCGACAACCGAUCUUAAGGCCAAUUGCCCGCAAAGUGGUGGAGACGACAACCUUGUGGGGCUGGACCACCAGAGCCCGAACCGAUUCGGGAACAACUAUUUCCAGGGUUUGAUGAAGAAAAGAGGGUUGCUAAACUCUGACCAGGUCCUCUUCAAUGCAGGAUCAACUGAUGAUGUUGUGAGAACAUAUGGCGACAAUGCGCAGAUGUUCUCCGAUGAAUUUGCUAGUGCUAUGGUGAAGAUGGGGAACAUGAAUCCCCUAACCGGAAGCAAUGGAGAGAUUAGAACAAAUUGUAGGAAAAUUAACUGAGCUUACACAAUGGCUAUGGUAGCGCAACCUCUGUUUUUCUUUUUGAAUCAUGAAAUCAAUACUUCAUUGGAAUC